UUUAGCAAAUACAAAUAUUAUAAAUAAUUUGAUUUGCGUUUACAGUUGUAUCUUUCGUUUUGUCUUAGCUUUCGUGUUAAUUUAAUUUAAUAUAUAAACUUUGUAAAAUACUAAAUUGAUCAUUGAAUCGCAGAAUUCACGUGUAAGUAUCCUCUGUUUAUGCAUUACGAUUGUGUAAAUUAUAUAAUCCCAUUUAUUUCUAUGUUAAAGACGGGGCAAAAAUGCGUUGACAGGGGGAGACGUAAAAUUAUGCAUACUUGUUAUUCCGUAUAUGUGUAUGUAUGUAUAAAUAUAUAGAAGCAGGAGCAGAUACCCAACGUAAGCAGCAAUACGGGGCUGAAGUAGCACCCUGAAAACAAAUCACAAUGAAAAUUCACAUAGUUCAAGUAUUGUUUAUAUAUAUAUUACACAUCAUUUUGUCAAGAUCCCAGUGUACAUGUAACCAACGGUCUUUGCACAAAGUAACUAGCAAACUAAUUUCAAUAUACACAAAAUACAUACAUAAAACUGUUAUAUAUGCCUCGAUAAAGUUUAUAAAAUUUAGAAAUCACGCACAACACAUUCACAUAUAGUACACAAAUGUAGGUCUUGGGUUUAUUAUUUUCUGGUUCGAUCGCUUCAGUUUCUGAUACAGUUUUGCAGUUGCCGGAUCUUUGUGGAAUUAACAUUACGCUUAGUGUUCGCUUGCUAGUUUACUGCGUUGUAGAGGACAGUUCGGGAGCCCAGAUCGGGCAUUGCAGUCGGGCAGGAUAUUAUUGUGUUUCAGUCGAAUUCGGCGUUAGCCAGCGAGUUUGUUGUGCAAGGCGUGGGCUCAGGCACAGGCACAGGCAUAGGCGUUGUGGAUAAUCGCGGCUCCGAGCAAGGUGAAACAUGAAGAUGGCUGACGGCUCAACCAUAUUGCGUAGGAACCGGCCAGGCACCAAAUCCAAGGACUUCUGUCGCUGGCCCGAUGAGCCCCUGGAGGAGAUGGACAGCACGCUGGCAGUGCAGCAGUACAUCCAGCAACUGAUCAAGCGGGACCCGAGCAACGUGGAGCUGAUCCUGACCAUGCCCGAGGCCCAGGAUGAGGGGGUGUGGAAAUACGAGCACCUGCGCCAGUUCUGCAUGGAGUUGAAUGGCCUGGCUGUGCGUCUGCAGAAGGAGUGCUCGCCGUCCACGUGCACACAAAUGACGGCCACCGACCAGUGGAUAUUCCUUUGCGCCGCCCACAAAACGCCCAAGGAAUGCCCGGCCAUCGACUACACUCGCCACACGCUGGACGGGGCCGCCUGUCUGCUCAACAGCAACAAAUACUUCCCGAGCAGUGUCUCCUCCCACAGGGUGUCCAUCAAGGAAUCGUCGGUGACCAAGCUGGGCUCCGUGUGUCGGCGCGUGUAUCGCAUUUUCUCGCAUGCCUACUUUCACCAUCGUCGUAUUUUCGACGAGUUCGAGACCGAAACGUAUCUAUGCCACCGAUUUACGCAUUUCGUCACCAAAUACAGUCUGAUGUCGAAGGAGAAUCUGAUCGUGCCUAUCAACGUGGGCGAGAACGCAGCCCCGGGCGAGAGCGAAGCCUAGGAUCAGUCAUCAGUCGGCAUGAACUCGAACAUAGUCGCGCCCAUUCAACACACAUUUAUUUAUAUUUACCAAAUUAGCUUACAGAUUUGGUUUUUGGCUCACCCCGACAGAGAGACACGGACAGAGCGAACCCAACUCAAAUACAAACACAGAUCUUGUAUGUUUAGAUGCUACUCAAGGCAGAUCCAGACACACGGCCCUCUUCAUCCCGCUCGCCUUGAUCUGGUCUUAAGUCCGCUAUUAUUCCGUAAAGUUAUAUUACGAUUAUGUUUAAUUCUUAAUUUAAAAUAAAUUAUAUGUAGACAGACA